ACUUAUUAUCCCAAAUCUCUGUCAAAAUCUUUGAAUUUAAACAACCCUAAUAAACGAAAUAGUUUCAAUCUGUCUUCAGAAUUUGAUACUCUCCACUAUAUAAACUACUAGGAUAUGAUUUUCAUAAUUAUUUAUUAGUGCAAAGAAAGCAUUUAAUAAGAGAUACUGGUUUUAUGCACCUGAUCAAAAGGUUUACAUUGAGAAAUGGGUGUUUUCAAUGUAGAUGGCGAAGAAGACAUCACAAAAACUUGUUCUAAGACUAGAGAAUCUUUGGCUGCUUUUCAAUCACCUGUUCAUGGUCGACACAGACGCUCGAAAAGUUCUAGUGACAGAAACUUGGAUGUCUCAGCAUUUGGAGUUUUGCAUGACAUCAAGAAGUCCUCGAACCUAACACAGGAUGUGCGUCCCAAGAGGAGGAAUCAUAGAACACCGAGUCCAUCUCAUCCAAAUACUGGUGGUACUAGUGCUAGUACCAACUCUCUCUCGAACCACCGGGCCUCCUUGGAGAAAGAUAUUGAGCUACUACAGUUACGUUUACAGCAAGAGAAGUCCAUGCGUGUGGUGCUCGAGAGAGCGAUGGGUCGAGCUUCUAGCACUUUAUCUCCUGGACACAGACAUGUUGCUGCCCAGGCUACGGAAUUAAUAGCUGAGAUUGAGUUGUUGGAAGAAGAGGUUGCUAACCGAGAGCAUUAUGUUCUUUCUCUCUAUAGAAACAUCUUUGAUCACUGCCCUAGUGGGGCAUCUACUCAACCGAACUCAGGCAUGACCUCUCCUGCUCACUCAAAGGAUAUAAGAAAACAUCCAUCCAUAAUUUCAAGUGCAUUUUGUUCCUCCUCAAAGAAGAUCCCUUUGCACACUUUCCAAUUCCUCACUUCUAUUAAGGACUGCAAGAAAAAGAAGGCUCCAUUGCAUUCUAAGACUAACCAUGCUUCUACGGUGGGUGGCCGAGUUAACCUUCCUGCUGGAAACAUCAGUUCAGAUCCUAACAAGGUUCAGAGGAAAGCACCAGGUCUGGAGAAAGCAUCUUUAACACGUACAUUGAAAGAUCAUCUUUACCAGUGCCCCAGUAAAUUGUCAGAGGAGUUGAUCAGGUGUAUGGCUGCAAUUUAUUGCUGCUUACAGUCCCCGGUGUCCAAAAACCCAGAAAAGAAUCGUUCCCCUCUACUUUCAAGGUCAUCUACUAAUGUGGUCCUUCCAAGACGUAGUAUUGGAGAGGAUAGGGAGUGGUCUUCCAGUUCUACAGUGGAGAUAUCUUGCAUAUCAACAGAGAAAACCCAAUUUUCUCGUAUAUCUUAUGCCAUCAGCAACUACAGACUUCUAGUAGAGCAACUUGAAAGGGUGAACAUGCAUCAAAUGGGAAGGGAUGCCCAAACCGCAUUCUGGAUCAAUGUGCACAAUUCUCUUGUCAUGCAUGCUUAUCUCGCUUAUGGGAUCCCACAUGGGCCUCUGAGGAGGUUGACAUUGUUUCACAAGGCUGCUUACAACAUCGGAGAACAUGUAAUUAGUGCAAGUGCCAUUGAGCAUUCAAUAUUCUGCAUCCGUACCCCUCGUAUUGGUUGGUGGUUUGAGGCCAUUAUUUCAACUGCAUUGAGAAAAAAGACUAGAGAAGAUAAACAACUCCUUACUUCAAGAUAUCCUCUACAAAUCUUCCAACCACUCGUAUGCUUUGCCCUCUGCACUGGGAUUUCUUCUGAUCCUGUGCUGAGAGUAUAUACAGCCACAAAUAUCAAAGAGGAGUUGAAUGCAGCUAAGAUCGAGUUCCUUCAAGCCAAUGUGUUGGUGAAGAAGUCAACAAAAGUAUUUCUACCGAAAGUGCUCGAGAGAUUUGCAAAGGAGGCUAAUAUAUGCAGCAGUGCCAGUAGCUCCGAUGAUCUCCUCAGCUGGGUAGCGGAGAAUGUCGACAAGAAACUCCAAGAUUCGAUCCGGAAGUGCACACAUGAUGAUAACGAUAAAGUGAAGAGGAAGGCAUCACAGAUCAUAGAGUGGCUUCCUUGCAAUACCAAGUUCCGGUACACUCUGUCAAAAGACUUGACAGAAAAACCAGUGUGAUUUUGGAUUUUCUUCCUUUACAUAGCUGCAGUCUCAUUGUAUAGGGCCUGAAGGUAGAGAGAGUCUGUUUUCGUAUUCUGUUUCAGAAUUUGAAUAACAAUAUUAUGUCGCGAACAUGGUUAUCUGUUCAUAAAUGUUCUAUUUUUAAUCCAUUUCGAACUAAUAA